GGCAGGGCCGGCUCCACCAGGGGCCGCAGAGGAGGAGGCGGGCCGGGCCCAAAGGCCCCCCACCUCCUCUCUGACUCACUUGUUUGAGGUGUGGCUCCUCGCUAGCGAGUCAGGAAGGCAGAAGCGCUGCAGACAGCCAGCGGGAGCGCAGCGACAUGGAGAACGCUCCGGAUGAGCCCCAGCAGGAGGACGCCGUCCCCCCAGUGAACCCCGGAGGAGACCCUCAAGGAGGCCCAGAAGGAGGCCCUGAGGGACGCCCCCGAGCGGAAGAAGCUCCCGACAAGGACCUGGAGGCGGCGGCGCGCGACCAAGUUUCGGCCGAGGACGCGGUGGUGUGCGACUCGUGCAUCGAGAGCCCGCGGUGGGCGCUCAAGUCGUGCCUGACGUGUUUGGUGUCGUACUGCGAGGCGCACUUGCGCCCUCACCUGGAAAACGCCAAGUUCCACAACCACCGGCUGGUGGAGCCGCUGCGCGACAUCGAGAGGCGCACCUGCGAGAUCCACAAGCGGCCUCUGGAGCUCUUCUGCGACGCCGACGCCUGCUGCCUGUGCCGGGACUGCGCGGGCGAGGAGCACCGCGGGCACAACACCGCGCGCGUCGCCGAGGCGCGCCGCCGGGUCGAGAGGGAGCUGCGGGUCAAACGCGGCGACAUGACCAAGACGGCGACGGCGGCGGAGAACGCCAUCGACAAGCUGCAGCUCAACGCCGUUUCCAUCCAGCAGUCGGUCACCGAGGUGCGCGCCGUCAUCCGGGCCCAGUUCGAGCAGCUGCGGGCGGCCGUGGAGAAGGCCGAGAGGGAGGUGGGCGACAUCCUGGAGGGCGAGGAGAAGCAGGCCCUCGGGCAGGCCGAGGGCAUCCGCGCCCACCUGGAGCAAAGGUGCGCCGAGCUCAAGAGGACGCAGGCGCAGGUGGACAAGAUCUCGCGCCACAAGAACGACGUGGACUUCCUGCAGGAGUAUUCCGAGUGGAAGAAGGACGCGUCUGACAUUUCCUUGCCCGGCGUGUACAUCGGACUGAUGGAUCGUCUCAACUCCGUCGGCCGCGUGAUCGCCGACGCCACGCAGGAGCUGUGCGCCGCGCUGGCCACGUCCUACAUGGACAAGGUCCGCGAGACCUGCAACACCGACAAGGUGGGCAUCAAGACGACGGUCCAGGCCAUCGUCUCGGCCGGACACGACGCCGGCGUUCCCGAGCCCGUCACGCGGGCCGACUUCCUCAAGUAUGGCGCUCAGGUGAGCUUCGACGCGGACACGGCUCACGUCUUCCUGCGUCUGACCGAAGACAACCGCAAGGUGACCAACACCACGCCCUGGCAGCACUCCUACCCGGACCUCCCCGAGCGCUUCCAGGAUUGGCGGCAAGUGCUGGCCGCCGAAAGUUUCUACCUGGGCCGGCAUUACUUUGAGGCGGACAUCGGCGGCGAGGGCACGCACGUGGGCCUCACCUACAAGAGCAUCCAGCGCAAAGGCGGCGACAGCAGCAGCUGCAUCACCGGCAACAACUUCUCCUGGUGCCUGCACUGGAACGGCCGGAACUUCUCCGCCUGGCACAGCGGCGUGGAGACGCCCCUCAGCGUGAGGAAGUUCACGCGUGUCGGCGUGUACGUGGACUCCGCCCGAGGCCUCCUGGCCUUCUACGGCGUGGACGAAGUCAUGACGCUCAUCCACCGCUACGAGGCCGAGUUCCUGGAGCCGCUGUAUCCCGCCUUCUGGUUGUCCAAGAAGGAGAACGUGGUGGUUCUGGUGCCGCCCGGCGAGCCCUUGCCCCUCAAGAGCCCCUCUCCUCCCGCGUCCCCUUCUAACGGCGUCCCUCUUCCGUGAAGGCGAAGCGGCGCCAUUCCGUCUUCCCGGAAGCUUCCAGCCGCGUGUGACGCUUAUUGUGACGGGGCGGGAAGCGUCCGUCCAGUUCUAUCCUGUCGCCGCACGCCCAACGCUUUCUGCGUCUCUGCGUGGAAUUGCUGCGAAUGCGCAUCCGUCCGCAAACCUUCAAGGACAAACAAACUCAAGAAAUUAAGAACGCGUGUGCAUAUAAACAUAUAUUUGUAUGUCAGUGUUGACAUGGCGAUGAACAGAGUCAAUAAUUGUUUGACGUUAACAUACGUGAACCUGGAAUGAACUCAUUAAAUAGUUUACACUGCCAAA